GUUUGGCAGAACAAAAAGCGCUUGUGCGUGUGUUUGUGUGAACUAAAGAUCUCCCCUCUUCUCUCAUCGCGUUUUAUCUUUCAUUUGCUCGACCUGGCAUCUUGUCUAACCUGGUGUCUUCAUCUCUCGGCAGAUUCUCUGGCUCUUCAGGAACGUGGAGAACAGCCUCACUGGUGCGUCGUGGCGUAUUGGGAGGAGAAGACCCGCGUGGGGCGUCUCUAUUCCGUCCAGGAGUCGUCUUUGGACAUUUUUUACGACCUACCUCAAGGCACGGGCUUUUGCUUGGGUCAGCUCGCCUCCGACAACAAGAGCCAGCUGGUGCAAACGGUCCGGGCGAAGAUCGGCUACGGCAUCCAGCUCAGUCGCGAGGCCGACGGCGUGUGGGUGUACAACCGCAGUUGCUAUCCAAUCUUCAUCAAGUCGGCCACACUGGACAACCCGGACUCGCGGACGCUGCUGGUGCAUAAAGUGUUCCCCGGAUUCUCCAUAAAGGCCUUCGACUUCCAGAAGGCGAAAAGCUUGCGGAGACCCAACGACCACGAGUUCAGUCUGCAGCCGCCGACGGUUUUCACCGUGCAGAUCAGUUUCGUGAAGGGCUGGGGUCAGUGCUACACCAGACAGUUCAUCAGUAGCUGCCCCUGCUGGCUCGAGGUCAUAUUCAAUAACCGAUAACGCUGAGCCAUUCCUUCAUCGCCGUGGAGACGGACUAGCCCUUACCUUUCGCGGGCUACGGUUUUCUUUUCCCCCCAGAAAGAACGCAAAGGAAAACUCACUUGGACUGGUUGAAUAAAUGAAAUGAAAUUAAAUGAAAUGAAAGUGAAAUUAAAGCUAAGAUGUAUUUUAUGUUAAAUAUAAAUAUAUUAUUACGUGUAAAUACGAAGUUUUAUAUGCAUUGUUAUUUAUGUAUUGUGCAAUGUGUUGACCAGACAAUGAGAAGAUGCACUUUGCUUAAUAUAAAUGCAGACAAGAGAAAUGCCAAAAUUAAACAAAAAAUACUCAAAAUGCUUUGGAAUUUGUUU